ACCAAAAAAAAAAAGUCCCAGAGAUUCUGGGCGCUCCCCCCAUGACCCGGUGUCAAGAUUUCGAGAGUUCCACGAAUAAGAAGAAGAUUGAGGAUGAUGUGGAUUCUUCCAAGGAAGGAGAUGGAAAAGAUAAUUAUGAAAUAUCAGAUGUUCAUUUGCCAGCUAUAGUAGGGAAAAAAGAAAAAGACAAACAUGAAAAUGAAGUCAAAAAAACAGAGCAGCAGUCAGAAAAUACACGCCCCAGGAGACCAAUUGUAAUGUAUGCCAAAUUCAUAAGAACUAAUGCAAGAUUCAGUAAUGAGCCAGUGGGCUACAUAGACCACCCCGACAUGAAAGACAAUCAGGAAGAUUGGUGGCAACAUGAAGAAACAUUGAGCCAUCACUAUGCACCAUCUUAUGACUCGCAGACUACCCAAAGAAGUGAUUUCAAAGUACCAGAAUGUGAGUUGGUAUUGUCAACCAGACACUGUAGGAAACAAAAGGCUGCUUGUGGCAUAGUUCCAUUAGCAAUUUCAGAUACAUUACCAGACAUCGAAAAAAGAUUUACACAGCAUUUUCCUUUUAUACAUCAGUUCAGAAAAGGUUUGCCACCAAAGCGACAUGGAGCUUUCCUGCCGACAGAUAUAAAACCACUAAGACGGCCAACUAAGGGAACAGAAGCAUCCCAAAGUUCUCGAGGGUCACGCUUCUCAGAACAGUCAAAAACAGAGACGACAAGUACAGUGAUCUCAUCCCAUCUCUGUCACCACAGUUCCCAAAGGGCACCAAUUUCUGAAUGUCACUUAUCAGAAAAAGACGUCAAAGGAGAAUCCAAGGCAUACCUCACGGCUCCUGGGACGGAACAAAAGAGUCCAGGCAUUUCUGGAACAGAUGAAGUCAAUUUUAUCCUUCCUCCCAGGAAGGGGCCUUUAUAUCCAUCAAUCAAACAGAGAUUUUAAAAAGUCAGCAGAUCAGUUACCCGCCACAGAAUAACACAAUCACUGAUACUUCCAUUAGUUCCUGCAAGGGAAAGAAUCUAGAUUUAUUAUGCUGACAAUAUUUUCUUUUCUAGUACCAAUAACCAAAAAUACAAGCUGACCCCAGCU